GCAAUGGCAAUGGAAGUAGAUUAGUUGUCUAGUUCAUUAAAAAAAAAAAAGAAGAAGAAGGAGGAGGAGGAAGUAGACUAGUCGGCAGACUCGUGGGAUAGUAGAAAUCUCUUACUAUUUAAUUUUUGUUAGAAAAAGUAAAGCAGCUUUGUUCAAAGGGAAGAAGAAAAGAAAGUCGCUGUAUUUUCUGCCUCUUAAAUAAAAUAAUAAGAGACAAGAGCCACUGGAGCCUCGAGGAGGAGGAGCAGGAGGACGCAGUAAUAAAACCCCCCCAAAAAGUCCAAGAGUUGUACGGGCAUUCUUUCUUAGCAGUUUGUUUGGUUGUAGAUCCAUCCGUAGGGCUGUAUGUACCGAUUCUUGUUUUCAAUUUAAUGCAGUGAAGUGAGAUAUUUUUAUGUUAAAAAAACAACAAGUGGUGAUGGAGGAGUAGGAACUCAAUCGUGGCCGAAAAAGGAAUGGAGUCUGAAACGGCGUCGUCGGCUGAUGAACAAGUUAGUGGUGGUGGUGGUGGUGGUGGUGGUGGUGGUGGAGGGGGAGGUGCGUCGGCGGGAGCUGAUACGAGAGGAAAACAUCGGAUUCUUGCUGAACUAAAGCGCGUGGAGCAAGAAAUGAAGUUUUUGGAGGAAGAGUUGGAGGAGCUCGAAAAGACAGAUAAUGUAUCAACUGUGUGUGAAGAGUUGCUGCGCAAUGUGGAGAACAUACCCGAUCCACUUCUCUCACUAACAAAUGGCCCUGCAAACCCAUUGUGGGAUCGAUGGUUUGAGGGGCCUCAAAAAUCACAAGGUUGCGUGUGCAGGAUACUCUGAUUUGUAGCAUUUGUUGCUGGAAGCUUCAAGACUGUUAUCUAACAGAUUUGUGAAAUAUGACAGCACGAUUAUUAUUUUAGCGAAUGGUCAAUGAAUUUUCCCACUGCAAUAGAGAAAUUUUGGGUUUUGACAA